AAAAAAAACAAAAUUACAGAACAGAACCAGAAGGAACUGGAAAGAACUUUUGCUUUGUUAUUGUCAGGUGUAUCCUAGAAACGUGUAUGAAAAUAACAGUAUAGAACCAUUCCAAGUAAUUUCUAAUUCACUCAUAAGUUAUUAAGUGCAGUAUAUAAUUAAGAAAAAUGAGUUCUGAUCCAGAAAAGUUUGAUUCCAUGCUUUUGGCCAUGGCACAACAACAUGAAGGCGGUGUAAAAGAUUUGCUAGACACAAUAGUGAAUUUCUUAGCGAGAAAAACAGAUUUCUUUACUGGUGGUAAACCUGGAGAAUGGGAAAAUAUAGUCAAAAACACAUUCUACAAAUAUGCAAGCAAAGCUGAAGAGGAAGCUAAUAAGAUAAAGAAAGAAAAAGAAGAAGCUGAUAAAAGACUCAAAGAUAUACAACAGAAAAAGGAACAAGAACGUUUGGCUCGUGACUUUGAACCAGCAACUGUUAAAGAACUUACAGACCAAGAGGCUGCUGAGUUACAAGAAAAUAUAGAGAAAGAGAAAAACAAGACAUCUGAAAACGGAAGUGGUGAUGCUGCUGCGACUGACGUUGAAAUGGCUGAUGCACCUGAAGUGGAUGACGAUCCAAAAGAAAAAGGAAAGCUGAAACCUAACUCUGGUAAUGGAUGUGAUCUGGAAAAUUACAAGUGGACUCAAACCUUGGAGGAAAUUGAAUUGCGAGUUCCUCUGCGACAGGUGCUUCGCCCGCGCGAUCUGACUAUUAUCAUUAACAAACGCCAUCUCAAAGUGGGCAUAAAAGGGCAACCCUUCAUCAUCGACGGAGAAUUGGACGCGGACGUCAAAGUCGAGGAGUCCACGUGGGUGCUGCAGGAUGGUCGCAAUUUACUAGUCAAUUUGGAGAAGGUGAACAAGAUGAACUGGUGGGGAAGACUCGUUACAUCUGAUCCAGAAAUCUCUACUAGAAAAAUUAAUCCAGAACCCUCGAAACUAUCGGACUUGGAUGGUGAAACCAGAGGUUUAGUGGAAAAAAUGAUGUAUGACCAAAGGCAGAAAGAAAUGGGUUUGCCCACUAGUGACGAAGAAAAGAAGCAAAAUGUACUUCAAAAGUUUAUGGAACAGCACCCAGAAAUGGAUUUCUCGCAAUGCAAAUUCAAUUAAGAGAUGAAAAAUAUUAAGUGCUACUUAUUGUCACAGAAUCAGACUUCUAUUAAGCCAUUAUUUUUGUGUGGAUGAUUUUAACAAUUUAAACUGCAUCUACAGGCACACUAUGAUUUUUAAUUUAGUGUCUAGCAAAUAAAUUGUUUUCACUAAAUGUAUAAUUUCAAUAAAAAUUAUGUUGAAAUAUAAAAA